AUGUCUAUAUCGAAGUUACGAAGCAAAUCCGCCUUAGGACGACAUGAAAAUGGCAAGGCAACAAAAAAACCAACAUUAGGAGUGGCAGUCAUAACUGCAACAACAACUAAUAAUGCAACUCAAUAUGUUGGAGCUAACAAAGCUAAUAGCAAUUCCGGCAACGUAACACCAACAUCAGCAACAAAACCCACAACAGCUAUAACAACAACAACGACAGCAAAAAUAUCUGCUUCUUCCGUUGCACUUACAGUUGCAAAUACAACUCAACAACCACAACAACAACCACAGUCACAGUUACAACCACAACAACAACAACAACAACAAAAUUUACCUCAAAAUUCCUUGCUGAAGAUAGAACCAUUUGUUCCUACUUUUAAUACACGUUUACGUCGGCCUAUUGGUCGCUCUUAUAGUACAUUAAGUUCAACAUAUAUUAAGGCUGCAACUAAUCUAAGCGGUCUACACAUCGUUAAAAAAAAUGAAGUUAGAAAUGCAGGUUUAGUAGUGGGCGCUGCUAUUGAAGUCGCACUGCCAAAAACAACACGAAACCCAGUUGGACACUUACGUAGCAGAUAUCAUAAUAUUAAGACCAUCACACGACAACGUUCUAAAUCCACAUCGUCAUCGUCGGCGUCAGCAUCAAAUCGUUUAGCCGCUGCCAAGGGCAAUAGCAACAAUAUUAGCCACAAUAAUACUAACGGCAAUAAUGUGUCUUACUCGAAUAAUGUCAAUAUUGUAACUGCAAUCAAUACCAAUGGCGCAAUUGUUACACCACAACCGAAUGGCAUUUGCCGCAUAGCACGUCUACUCAAAGAACAAGAAAAAUUACCGGAUCGUAUAAAUUAUGACCGUCGUGGACUUUCCGCAAUUCCAAUAUUUGAAAAUGAACCAAAUCUGCGUUUGCUUUCAUUGCAGCAUAACUUAAUCAAUGUGUUCCAUAUACCAAAGGAAAGCCCUGCCUUUUAUAUACCAGAAACUGUGACUCAACCAACUAAGCUGGAUGAUGUAGCCUAUAACUGCAAUUUUGGUCAGCGUUUAAAUCGGCAAAUCAAUGCUAAUCACCAACUAAGAACACAACAUGGUAGUGUCAGCCGUUUUACUUUAGCAUUGACUUCACCGAAAUCGAGCAAGUCAAGCAAUUCAUUGGCAAACAAACAGAGUCCGACACAAAUAAGAGCAUUUCCAAUACCGCCUCCACCACCACCAUCUACACCCCCACCUUUAACAACCUAUACAAUACAGAUUGGCAACAGUAACAAUGCAAGCAGCAUACAUACAAAUCAAUUACUUAAACGUAACGGCAUGUUGCAGCAACUAAAAAACAAUGGCACACAACUAACGCCUUCGACGUACUACCAUCAGCAGCAACAGCAACAACAACAGCAACAGCAAUUGCAGUACCGGUUCGCUGCGUUAAAAAAAUCGAAAAGUUUCGUAACUAACUAUUCCAGGCACUUGCAAAGCAUCAAAAGAAAUUUACAGAAAUCCGGUCUGGCAAAGGUCGAUGGAAAUGUAUUCGCCACAAAUGGUGGGACACAACUCAAAAGUUUCGACUCAAACGCAAGUGGCUUAACUUCAGAUUCUGCAUCAGCCUCAGCCUCAGCCUCAACUUUAAUCAUCAGUGAAAGUGGGGAUGAAGAGCAACAAAGACAGCAACUAGAAAUUAAAAACAAACAGUUAACUGCAUCGUAUGGAGCGAUUUUUCACAACCUCGUAUUUUUAGAUUUGUACAACAAUCAAAUUGAGCGAAUCGGCAAUUUGGAUGGACUACCAACAUUAUCGGUGCUGCUGUUAGGGAAGAACCGCAUCACGGAUAUUAGUGGGCUGCAUUCUCUACGUCAAACGCUACGUGUACUGGAUUUGCAUGGCAAUAAAAUUAUAAGCAUCAGCAAUAAAAUCAAUUGUCUACUGGAGUUGAAAUCCCUUAAUUUGGCCGGCAAUCAGAUACGCCAAAUCAAUCAUAAUGACUUCAAUGGUUUGCUCAAUUUGAAGGAGCUUAAUCUUAAGCGCAACAAAAUCCGACGCAUUAAUGGACUUCAAGAUUUGACAGCAUUGGAGCGUCUUUGGCUGUGUCACAACGAAUUGCAACGUGUGGAGGAUAUGACGAGCAUAGCAAAAGCAGCCAAUUUAUUAGAGGUAACCAUAGAAAAUAAUCCUGUGUCAUUAGCUGGUGAUUGUGUGUCAUUCUUGGUAAGUUAUUUGCCACAUUUGCAGUCACUCAGUCAGAUGCCAAUUACGGAGCAGGUGAGACAGGCAGCAAUGACUUGGCGUAAAAACAAGGAAAUUUCAGAUGCAAACAAUGCAAGCCAUUCAGCAGAUGGCUUUACUAACAUUCGCCGAGAGGAAGUAAUAUCGAAUGCACGUACCAAUUGGGAACUGCUGAGGUCACAGCAAACAGUGCAUAAUGUAUUGCGGAAUCAACGCUGCAUGAAACCGAAUGAGUUGGAAAAAAUAAAUGAAUCAAAUGAGAUAAACACAGGUAGCGUUGAAAUGCAAGAGGUAAUAAAGUUGCCACCAAUACAACAAAACAUAUCGCAACCACAGCCGCAGGAACAACAAACAAUACAAACCAAUAGCACAAUUGAGCAGAAGGAGAAUAAUGGGCGCUUAUCACGUUCAUCAGGUUCGAGUUUAGGUCCAAAUGUAGACUCAUCUUCUAGCUGCUAUAGUACUGAAAACGAAGCGGAACAAUCAAACAACUCUACGGAGAAAUCGGGGUCCAAAAAUAAAGGUAAGAAACAAAACAAUACAGAAAGCUUAACCGAUCAAAAGCAGCAAAUUUAUAAAUUAAAACAGAAGAAUUUAGUACUAAAAACGGAUAGCGAUAUUUUAACUAAAUCUGUUGAAUUAAAGCAGCAUCCCAUUACUCCUACAACACCAACGAAAUCCAAUAAGUAUACUUCUGCUAAUACUUCUGAAAAUUCCACAAUAACUGCAACUACAACAAAUGAGAAAUCAAAAGCUCCACCGCAGUUAACCACGCUGAAUUCCAAUCAAACAACUAGCAAUUUAUCAGCGCGCAGCAACUCAAAUAUAAAUCUAACAGUGCUGCCACAAACAGAUAUGGCAGUUGCAGCGGUAACAGCAAGCAACGUGCCACGCACAAAAACAAAUACACAAUCAAAUAGUCAGCCUUAUCCUUCAGUGCCUACUCCACCAAUUACCGUCAACAGCAACAUAUUAAACUUAGGAUUGCCAGCAACAACUACAGCAACUACUAACGUUGUAACUACUCCUGUUGCCACAACCGGCACAUGCAAACGCUACAUGCCAGGCAGCUUAAUGAGAUCGCAAACUAUAGCCAGCAGUAGCAGCAACAGCAACAGCAACAGCAGCGCCAACAAUGCACUACAAGCUGCCAGUAACGGGUAUGGUAAACACUCCAACAUUGCCAAAUUGAACGCAGGAUUACAAAUACCAACAAAGCAAAACACUGCCAACAAUUCACACACAACAAAUGCAACAACAGCAUCCAAUGUUACAGCCACGCCCACCUACACCACUACAACUGUAACCAAUAAUAAAAUUACGCCAGCAACAAAUUCGACAACAACAGCAACUACUUUGGCGACUGCAACUGCGACCGGACCUGCUGUAGUCACAACGAGCACUAAACACGCGGAUAGAGAACGCGACCGUGAACAGGGCGGCGACUAUCUGAUCGAGAUUUGUGGUCGUUAUCUGAAUAUUUAUGGUCAGGGCGCUCUACGAUUUAUAGACAAGCAAUGGAAUUCGACAAAGGCAAGUGAUGUCCAUACAUUAAAUUUUAGUUACAUUAAUUUUGACAGUGUUACGACAGUGUUGCCUCGUAUUAAGUUUCGUUUUCCUAAUGCUGAAAACUUUGUAUUCCGCGAAACGAACAUCAGUUGCCUGGGUCAGUUGAACGCGUUAGGUGAGUUGCAGGGCAUCACCUCGUUGUGCAUUGACCCGGAAGGCAACCCAGUCACAACAAAGUAUUUGUGGCGUCAGUAUGCUGUGUAUCGGUUGUCGCAUUGGGGUCUCAAGCAAUUGAACGGUGUCGAGGUAACAGAGGCGGAUAUCGAGAAGGCAAAUAUCAUAUACGCUGGCUUGUCGGAUUUAGUGUUAUGGUCGAUGCCGGAAGUUAUGCUCCAGCCAUUGUUGGCACGUUUGCGUUUGGAUGAAACGUGUACAGCAAGUAAAAUGUCACCCAAAGAAUGGCUGGCGAAAGAAGAAAAUAAGUCGCUACGUUUGGUUGUAGGCAAGGAAGCAUUGCAAUGGAAAAAAUCUAACAACACCAACAAUAUCAGCAACAAUGCCAACAACAGUAGCAACAAUCACAGUAAUGCAAACAUUAUUUUUGGUCCACAGCUAAACACGUGCGAUAUUGUGUAUCCUAUGCUGUGUAGUGCUGGUAAUGGUGUUGCUGUUGGAGCACUUGUAACUCAAAACACUUCCGCACUUAGCACGCGUGAACGCGGUAAAAUACAUUUUGCGUUAUUGCUGGAAAAUACAUGCAAUGCAAUUGAAAAACUUCACAAGCUGGAAACUUUAUGGCCAAGUCUUCUGUUGGAUAUUGUGCGCAACACGUUGCUCGAUUAUUCGCAAAUGGACGUUUAUGUGUGUAAUUUAAUGGAUGAGAUUAUGAAGUGAGAAUGAUUAGA